AUGAGUUUCUUCUUUUUCUUGCCCUGGUUCAUGAUUUUGAUCCCUGUGAUAGCGAAUGAACCAGUGGAUUGGUACAAGAACCACAGCUACCUCGCAACUGAUACAUUCUUGGACAUUGGCGUCAUCAUGUUGAAGUUUCAUCCCAUCUGCUAUUUCCAUGUCUUCAUCGUUGGAAUGCUGCUGGCAAAGUUGCGCCAACUGCUCGAUAAGAAGGCUGUGCUAAGUGGCCAUGGAGCGGAUAGUUGGCGGAACCCCUACGUGAUCGCCUUGCAGUUUGUGGCACCGCUCGGGUAUUUGGUAUUGUUGUUGGUCUUCAGCGUGGAAGGUUUCCAAGCGAAACUCUGGGGCUACAAACUUUCAGCCAGGAUCUCAGUCCUUCUUCCCUUUCAAGCCAUGGUUCUAUUCGGCUUGGCCGGUUUACCCUCCUUGCCUUUGCCGGUCUUUUCUUAUGCCUUCUCGAAGUUGGACUUUUUGGAGAACUAUUCCUAUGCAGUCUAUGUGUUCCAAUUCCUUUGCUAUGCCGUCUGGCCACAGACGGGCCUUGUGAACCUGCUGUGGUUCCUGGUUUUCACCUACGCCUCUGCAUUCCUGAUCGCCAAGCUGAUCCAGCAGCCCAUCCAGAAAUGGUGGGCCGCCCACACACACGCGCGCUUGGCGGUACCCUUCGUAUUGGCGGCUGCCUUUGUGGCGUGCAGCUUUCUGCCGGAUCAGGCCUUAGCUCCAGCCCUUCCAGAGCUACCAGCAGAGGUGAGGAUCGAUGAGCAGACCCUGGACCAGCGCUUGCAACUUCUGGACCAUCAGCGGGAAGCUUCUGCCACUAUCAACCCUUCGCUGUUGAUUAAGGACAAUGAAGUCAUUGUCGUGGCCCGACGACACCGGAGGGAAACGAAGAUGGGCAACGGUAUCUUCAAUGGCCCAGAGGGGGCACAGGAUGCAGUGAUUAUCGAUCAGUUGUGGCAUUCAGACAUCAUCAUGGGCAAGACACCCUUGGAUCCGAUAGCGUGGAAAGAAUGGCCAACCACAGGAGUAAAUCCCUUGCAGAAUGUGCAGAUGGAAGAGUGGAGCGGUUUGCGGACCCCCUCAGGCAACGAGUGGAAGGAUUUGUGCGUCCUCAGAUUUGCACGGAAGGUUGUUGAAACCUGGAUUGCUAGCAACAACACCCUGAUUCGACACGUGGUGACCGGUCCUGAAGAUCCAAAGGCGGUAGACCUGGAAGGUCAGCUGGUCAUGGCCUUUGAUUCGAAGAAGCCGCACAGCGGCGACGUGGAGGGCGUGUGUCGUCGGAACCAGCAAGGCUUGCUAGACGCUGUGACGCAGAUGUAUGUGUCCAGCGACGUGCAGGUUACGCAACCCACCGAAGAAAAAAUGGGCUAUCGUUUGAGCUAUGGUCAAAUUGAUGUUGAUGAGAAGAACUGGAUUCCCUUCACGUAUCAAGGACGGCUCCACUUCGUCUACACGCCCAUGCCGCACGUUAUUUUGUCGGCGGGGGCGGACGGCAGCAGCGAGAAGAUCUACAGCACCAGCUUCGGACCGCUGCGGAGGGUGGUGCAGGAAUAUCCACAUGUCAGGAUCAGGGGAUCAGCACAGGCUGUCUUCGUGAACAACUCACAGGCGACUCCAAGCCUGCCACGGCCGCAUUUCUUGGCCUUGCUGCACCUCUACGACACGAAAACUGGGCGUUAUGCUCAUCAUGCGUCAGAAGCUGAGAGCGGGGGCUGGGUUGAAUUCAAAGCCAACGGGGCCAGUCCAUCGUACCGAUUCGGAGCGGAGCCUCCCUUCCUGAUGUUGCAGAUGUCGGAGCGACUGCCAUUGAGUGAAGCAGCAGCCACACCAGGUGGUAUUCCCUUUGCCUUUGCCAGUGGUCUGGCAGUGCAUGGGGACACGGUGGCCAUCAGCUAUGGUGCCGGAGACCGUGACGCGAGGAUCUUGGUGAUGACGCUACAAAGGUGCUCCGCUAUGGGAACAACGAAAUAUUUGGCAUGA